AUGUCAUUAAAUCCAUAUCAUAUGCCAUCUCGCCAUCAUACACGUUCAUUACACCAGGCCCAACAAUUUCAUCCUAAUCAACAUCAUUCACGUUCAAUAUCACGAUCUCGAUUCCACCUUCUUUCACAACUUCCAUCUCAAUCACGUUCGCGUUCACGUUCAUUUCAUCGUCGUCCAACACCACCACCAAUAAAACCACGACAUAUUCAUCAACAACAAAAACAACAUAAUUUUCAUCAGCGCCAUCAUCAACAUCAUCAUAAUUCUCAUCAUAAUUCUCAUCAUAAUUCUCAUCAUAAUUUUAAUCGAUCACCAUCACCAUCACCAUCAUAUAACAUCUACAACAAUAACAACAAUAUUAAUAAUAAUAAUUAUAAUAAUAUUAGAAGAACAUUUAAAGGAAUUAUUUUAUCCGAUUCUAUGUGCUCCCGACUUAGAACAUAUGCUAUUAAAAAAUUACCCUUAUAUGAUGUAGAAUUAAGUUAUGAAUCAGGUUGUGAUAUUUAUAAUAUGAUACAAUGGUUAAACACAUCUGAAGGUCGUGGUCAGCGUCGUCGUCAUCGUCCAACACCAACAGCACCAACUACACCAACGACGACAACAACAUUACAAAUGAAUAAUAAUAUUUAUGUUCAACGGCAGUACCAACCUCGUCGAAAUUAUCAACAACAACAGCAACAACAAAAUAGAGCAAGUACAUCAGAUAGUGAGAAUAGUAAUAGUGAAGAAGAAGAAGAAGAAGAUAAUAGAAAAAGAAAAUUACAAGAUACAAGUAUUUCACCAACAUCGAAAGGAAAAAUAUUAGAAAAAGAGAAUAUUAUUAGAAAGAAGAAAAUAAGAUCAAAAAAGAAAAAGAAAGUUGCUAUUGAGAAUGAUCCACGUGCACCAGAAGGAAGUCCUAUAUUAUUAGUUAGUGAGAAUAGUAAUAAGGAAAAGACAGAUCAGAUAGCUAAGAAAACAAGAGCAGAUACACCUAUAGAUAAAAAAGAAAAACAUCAGCCAUGGAAUACACAUGUACACGUAAGAAAACCACAAAGAGUUAGAAUUCAACAACAGGAAUUAUUUGAUGCACAAAUUCAGGAUUCGUCCACUGAGCUUCCCA